UUACAUUAGUCCGCUGCGAAGUCUAUUCCAGCGAUAACUACCCUGAAGAAGUUUAAACCUUCCCUUGGCCGGGAGUUCACUGUGCCCCGUGAUCGCUGGAUAACAGACUCGCUCUCAGAGGGUGAAUUUGCAUUCUGAUUGUCUGCCGCCGUCGGACUAAAAAACAUAAUUCCCGUUGUGGGAUUGGCUGUUGGCAGUGUGUGUGGAUCCCCUCUCGCAGACCCGCACCCACUACUCCCUGCGGCUGCCGUUAACUCCGGCCAAUGUCUGUUUAAGUCACCGGUGAAGCGGGGUAACUCCGAGCCCGGGAAUCGGUUUACCGGAGGUCGCGAUCUUUAAUAAGAGCGGAUCCCAGCUCUCCGCUCCCCACCAACCCUUGCUAAUCCCCUUUACCCCCACUAAUCCUUCUUAUUCCCCCUUCUCCUGCCCACCAACCAUUCCUAAUCCCCAUUUACCUGCUCCCUCUCCCCACCAACCCGUCCUAAACCCCCUCUUUCCCCACCCCACCAAACCUUCCUAAUCCCCUUUACCCCACCGCUCUCCACCAACCCUUCCUAACCCCAUCUCUCCCACCCACCUUCCUCUCCCCCUCCCCUCCCCUCCCCACCGCCCCUUUACCCCCACUAACCCUUCCUACUCCCCCUUCUCCUGCCCACCAAUCCUUCUUAAUCCCCAUUUACCUCCUCCCCCUUCUCCCUUCCCACCAAUCCUACCUGAUCUCCCUCUCCUCCCCUCUCUAAAUCCACACUUCCGCAGAAAGGGCUGGGACAGGUGUGCGGAGCCCCGCCCUCGCCGACAGCGGAGGCCGAGUACUCGGGAGGGGUUCCCACGGCCGGCAGCCGAUUGCGGGACGGCUCAGGAGGGAGGGAGUGCCAAGGAGAUUCACCGCGAAGCUGCCAGGGUUAGCAAUGGAGGGUGUGUCCAGGCUGGGGCUGUUUAUUCUUCCUGGCUGAGUCAGGGGAAACUUCUGCUGAUUCAGAUCACCUGUUGAUCUUUCCCUGUCCGUCCAGUCAGAAUGAGGUUACUGGCAGCCACAGUCCUGCUCGCUUUGAGCAGCUGUGGCCAGGAGCUGCCGUCCAUGCCUCAUGGAUGUACAGAGGGCAGCUGUUACCCUGCAACGGGCAACCUACUCAUCGGGAGAGCACACAACUUGACGGCCAGCUCCACCUGCGGUCUGCAGGGACCCACUGAGUACUGCAUUGUCAGCCACCUCCAGGAGAUGGAGAAAUGUUUCCAGUGCGACUCUCGGAGACCCUAUGAUUCGGUUUCGAGCAGAAACUGCCAUCGUGUGGAGAAUGUCAUCUACCUGACCGACCAGAAUGGGGAGAGGACAUGGUGGCAGUCAGAGACUGGUGAGGAGCGGGUGAGAAUCCAGCUAAACCUGGAGGCUGAGUUCCACUUCACACACCUCAUCAUGAAGUUCAAGACGUUCCGGCCAGCUGCCAUGUUCAUCGAGAGGUCAUCGGACUUCGGACGGACGUGGACCGUUUACCGCUACUUUGCUUUCAACUGCACCAUCUCGUUCCCCCACAUCCCCACCGGGCCCCUCAGGAGAAUUGAUGACAUCAUCUGUGACCACCGCUACUCCGACAUUGAGCCCUCGACUGAGGGAGAGGUUAUUUAUAAAGUUCUGGAUCCAGCUGUCAAAGUGGAUGAUCCCUACAGCCUGGAAAUUCAAGAUCUGCUGAGGAUUACGAACUUAAGGAUCCACUUGACCAAGCUGCACACGCUGGGUGACAACCUGCUGGACAGGCGGCCGGAGGUCUUGCAGAAGUAUUAUUAUGCAAUCUACGAGUUGGUGCUGCGGGGAAGCUGCUUCUGCUACGGCCACGCCUCCGAAUGCUCCCCUGUGGCAGGGGUCCAACGAGGCGUGCUGGGAAUGAUUCACGGCAGAUGUAUCUGUAAACACAACACCAAAGGAUUAAACUGUGAGCAGUGCAUGGACUUCUACCACGAGGUGCCCUGGAGACCGGCAAAGGCUGACAAUCCACACGCCUGCAAAGCCUGUAACUGCAAUAACCACUCCAACCGGUGCCACUUUGACAUAGCGGUGUACCACGCCACGGGGAACGUGAGUGGCGGUGUUUGUGACGACUGUUACCACAACACCAUGGGCAGGAACUGUGAGCUCUGCAAACCUUUCUACUACCGCAACCCGACGGCCGACAUCCGGUCUGAGAAUACCUGCAUCCCGUGCGACUGUGACCCGGUGGGCUCCCUGGAGGGAGGGCUCUGCGACAGUGAUACCGACCUGGACUACGGGGUGAUCGCUGGGCAGUGCCGGUGCAAGGAGAACGUGCAGGCCGCUCGCUGUGACCGCUGCAAGGAUGGUUUUUACGGUCUGAGCCUGGGCAACCCACAGGGCUGCACAGCCUGCCUCUGUGAUCCUCGGGGAGUGGUGAUGAUGGGGGCUCCCUGUGACCACAUCAGUGGGGACUGUAUCUGCAAGAGGCACGUGACGGGCCGCUACUGCGAUACGUGCCUGACGGAGUACUGGGGACUCAGUACUGACUUGGCGGGUUGUCGACCCUGUGACUGCGACUUCGGGGGCUCCUACAACAACAGGUGCUCCAUGGGAAGUGGCCAGUGCGAGUGUCGCCCUCACAUCAUCGGCAGGCAGUGCAACGAGGUCCAGUCUGGAUACUUCUGCAUGUACCUCGAUAUGUAUACGUACGAGGCAGAGGAGGCCGAACCUCGCUCACUCACUGACCCGCUGCCUGGUGGAAGGAAGCCGCUGGUGAACGGAGAUUGUGUAGAGUUGGACAAACAGGAGCUGGGCAUUCGGCGACGGAGGCACCGCAACCGCCGGCCGCGGCGGAUCAAGCCAUAUGUGGAGAUCGUGAAACGGCAGCGGCCAGCGGGCGAGAUGGUCACCUGGAGUGGCCCGGGGUUUGCUCGUGUCCGCGACGGAGCUGGUCUGAUGUUCACGGUCAGUGAUAUCCCCUACGCCAUGGACUACAACAUCCUGCUGCGUUACGAGCCAGAGUCUGCCGAAGAUUGGGAAGCGAUCAUCAAGAUCCACACGGACGGGUUGCCCAUUACCUAUCGCUGUGGUAACCUGUUGCCGCACGGUCAGCCAUACAGACUGACCCUACACCACACGGAGAGGUACACCAUGGUUUCCUCCCCGUUCUGCUUUGAGCCCAGCAUCCGAUAUGAGAUUAGUGUCCGGUUCCAGCGGCUCCUUGCUCCAGAGUGGAACACAAACUCCUUCAUCCUGGUGGACUCUCUCGUUCUGCUGCCCAAGUACACGGAACUGCCGGGGUUCGCGGGCUCCAGCCCAGCAUUUGAGCUCCACCAAGAUGAGAUGGUCCGGUACAGGUGUGUCCAGUCUUUCCUGAUGGCCGGCAAGCCGAUGCUGGCAGACGUCUGCAUCCAGCUGCUCUGUGGUAUCUCCGCCAUCAUUCACAGUGACUCCCUGGCCUGUGACUGUGACCCACAGGGCUCCUUCAGCUCUGUGUGUGAGAAGAUGGGAGGCCAGUGCCAGUGUAAGAGGAACGUUAUCGGCCGACAUUGUGACAGCUGUAUGCCCGGAUAUUAUGGCUUCGGACCCAAUGGCUGCUCUCCCUGUGACUGCAGUGAGGAGGGGUCAGGGCACAGCAUGUGCGAGCAGACCAACGGCCAGUGCCCGUGUCGGCCAGGAAUCCACGGGCGGAAGUGCGACCUGUGCUCCCCUGGGCACUGGGGGUUCCCCAGAUGUCGGCCCUGCCUUUGUAACGGCCAUGCAGAUGAGUGUGACCCAUGGACUGGCGCCUGCCUCAACUGCAGGGACCGCACCACCGGACAUCACUGCGAGAGGUGUUCUGCUGGUUACUACGGAGACCCAGUCCUGGGCUCGGGUCAACAGUGUCGCCCGUGUCCGUGUCCUAAUUACCCUGGCAGUGAGAUCUACCACGGCAUCUCGUGUCACCUCGACCCCGGCUCCAACCAGAUCGUUUGCCUCUGUGAGACGGGCUACAUAGGGUCUCGGUGUGAUAUGUGUACCGCAGGUUACUAUGGUGACCCCAUGGUUCGGGGAGGUAAAUGUUGGCCUUGUCAAUGUAACAAUAACAUUGACAUGACAGACCUUGGAUCCUGUGACUCCCACACCGGCAGGUGCCUGAACUGCCUUUAUAACACUGGUGGAGACCAGUGUGCAGAGUGCCGGCGUGGUUACUACGGCGACUCUCUCCAGCAGGACUGCAGACGCUGUACCUGUAACAUCCGAGGCACUCUGGCCUCACAGUGUGAUCAUGACAACACCUGUCUGUGUGACAGGGUGACAGGGCAGUGCCCCUGCAGGGAGAACGUGGUUGGAAUGAACUGUGACCAAUGUGCUGCUCAUUACUGGAACUUCGGCAGUCCCCAGGGCUGUGAACCGUGUGAGUGCGAUUCGGAACAUUCCUACGGCCAACACUGCAACAUGUUCACUGGCCAGUGUGAGUGUCGCCCCGGAUUCGGAGGGCAGUCCUGUUCAGAGUGCAGGGAGUAUUACUGGGGUAACCCGCGGCUGUCGUGUCAGGCGUGUGACUGUGACCCAGGUGGGUCAGAGUCUCUGCAGUGUAACCGUUCGACUGGCCACUGCCUGUGCCAAGAAGGAUUCAUCGGGUCCCGUUGUGACCAGUGCAGUCGGGGUUACCGCGGCCGCUCCCCCAACUGCGUCCGCUGCCACACAUGCUUCUAUCUCUGGGACGAGGUGAUCAGCCAGCUGGAGGAGGCGAUACAGGGUGUCAGGGAGAAGGUGCAGCAGAUCACAGACACUGGAGUGGAUGACGGCACUAGCCGUCGUCUGCAGAAGCUGGAGGAGGAACUGGCAAGUGUACAGGAUCUGAUCCGGUCUCUGCCCUUGGACAGUACAGGGCAGCUCGACACUCUGCAGCAAUUCACAAUGGAUAUCAGGGAGGAAAUGGACCUCCUGUCCAAGACACUGGAUCGUCUGGAGAAGGAUAACUCCAGGAUUCUGGAAUCAAAUGGAAAAGUGGAAGGGGACAUAGAGGAGCUGGGGGAACUGACCAGGAAUCUGAGUGCAAUGCUUGCCCAGAAAACCAAGGAUCUGGAGAAACAUACAGCGUUAAACACUAAAGAGCUGUACGAUGCCACCCAGGCCUCCUACCAGGUGUCACGCGAGGCAGAGCAAGAGAUGAAUAGGACAGUCUGGGGCAGAGGCAGCCUGGAGGGGGACUCGGCAAAGACAAACGCACAGGUGGAGGAUCUGCUCCAGCAACGGGAGAGCAACUUCAGGAAGGCCAUGGCAGCUCAGGGCAAACGGCUAAAGGAUCUAUCGAUGGUGGUAGAAGAUUUGUCAUUGGACAACAUCAAUAAGAAGGUGUGUGGAUCAACCGCUGGCUUGACCUGCUCCUCAGACCCCUGCGGAGGCGCCAACUGUCAGAACGACUGGGGCGAGCGAAAGUGCGGAGGUCCGGGCUGUGGGGGAGUCCUCACCUGGGCUGAUGAGGCGCAGCGGAGAUCAGACAACACCAGCCAGGCUCUACAGAACCAAGAGCAUCAGCUUCGAACCCUCGCGCAAGAGAUCCAGGAUGCUCAGCAUCGUGCAGAACAAGCCAAGACCCAAGCAACAGAGGCACUAGACAAGGCCACAGCCGCAAAACAGCUCAUCAACAGCACCGUGGCCGAUCUUCACAGGUUCAUCAAGUCCAUAAAGGAUUUUCUCAAUGAGGAGGGUGCCGACCCCGAGAGCAUUGAGUUGGUGGCCAACAUGGUGUUGAGUAUCUCCAUACCAGCCACCCCACUCGACCUGCAGAAGAUCAUGCAGCAGAUCAGAGACAUGCUGGGACGUGUGACGGACGUGGAUGCUGUUCUCAACAGCACCAUGAAGAACCUGAAGGUGGCACAGAAGCUCAGCGAGCGGGCAGAGAAAGUGAAGAAACAAGCCGUGGAUAUCUCAAACAAGGUGACCCAGGCAUUUGCCAACAUCAACGCUGUGAAAGCCAAACUGGAUUUAGCUGAGAAAUCACUGGAAGCAGCAAAAAACAGUUCCGCCAGUUUGGGAGAGUCAGUCCGGAAGGUGAACAAGCUGCUGACUGUCCUCGAGUUGCAGCUGAUGGCCGCAGCAGAGAGACUGGCCAACCUGUUCAUGGGGGUCGAGGCGCUGCAGAAUAAAACCGUCGCCAACAGGGAGCAGGCGGAGGAGGCGAAGAGAGCGGCGCUGGAUGCCCGGAACCGCACAGAGCAGCUGGAAGCCAACGACCUGCAGGAGGCAGAGAGGCGUUACCAGGAGCUGAAGGACAAAGUGAAGGCACUGGGGAACGCCGACGCUGGAGGGGGCGAGCGGAUCAGGAAGAUCCAGGAGGAGGCGGAGAAGCUGGGGAAGCAAGCGGCCAGCAGCCUAGACAGAUUAGACGCUCUGCAGAAGAAGUUUGAAAGAAACGAACGACUGAUGGAGCAGAAGGUGGAACAGCUCCAGGCGCUGGAGGAGAACGUGUCGGAGCUACUCGAAUACAUCCGUGAGCGGUCACAGUACUACGGCUACUGCGCCUGACCCCUGGCCUCUGAUCAAUGCUGCCACACUGAUCUCCAUCUCCUUCUCCUCUCGAGUUAUUGGGACCCUCAGCUCCUGCCAACAGAAAGGCAGAGUAAUCAGCCGUUCAUCAGUGCAGGCAAUCCCAACCAGCCAGCAAUUUCAACAUUAGGUAUUCCCUUGAGAUUGUGAUGUUUACCAGGAUGUUGCCAGGACAGAGAACCGCACUUGCUGUGCAGUUUCAGUCACUGUUUGAGGAUUGCCAGAUUUACGAGGAUGUUAUAGAAACAGAGGACCUCUGAUAGGGAGAGGUCGUCCAGGCUGGGUCCUUAUUCCUUGGAAGGUAGGAGAGUGAGGGGAAACUUUACAGAUAUGUUUAAAAUUAUAAGAGACAGAGAUAUGAUGGACAGUAACAAUCUUUUCCCUAGGGUAGGGGAACCAAAACUGGGGGCAUAGGUUUAUGAUGAGAGGGGAAGGAUUUAACAGGGAGCUGAAUGAUAACUUUUUCACACAGAGGGUGGUGAGUAUAUGGAACGAGGAAGUGGUUGUGGCAGGGUCAAUAGUAUCAUUUAAGCAACACUCGGACAGAUACAUGCGGGCAUGAGGCUUGGAGAGAUACGGGCUGGACACAGGGAAUUGAGACUAACCUGGGUGGGCACCAUUGUCAGUAUGCCAGAGGGCCAGUGUCCAUCCUGUCUGUCUCGAUGACUCUAACAGGUGACGUACCAUCCGCGUGCUCCUAUUGUUGUCGUAUUGACCCUUCACAAAAUGGAGAGGUGGGUGGCUAUCCAGCCUUCUCUGCAAUCCAUCUCAACACCAUGAACAUCAGCUUCCUCUCCCCUCAAUCACAAUAUCUAACGUCUCUUCCCCUGUCUCUCCCCCUGUCUCUCUCACUUACGCUCCCUCGCACCAUGUCUGUGUUGAACACAAUGCCAAAUUAAACUCAAUCCCUUCAGCGACGGAGCCUCAGGGUGCCCUCUGGACAGCGAGUUGCAAAGAUUCACCACCUGGUACCCGUGCAUGAACCUGGUCUCUUUUCUGUCCUGAACGGCCGACACUCCCAGCCCCUGUUCUGGGACAGAGAGCUCCUGCUUCAGCCUUCCCAACUGGGGGCAGGCAUCAGCCCCACUCCCACACUGCCAAGCCCUGAAAGAAUUUCUGUGAGAUCACUUCUCAUUUAUCUAAACUCAGAGGAAUACAGGAGUGGUCUGGUUAACCUGUCCUCUCUGACAAACGCUUGGCAGCAGGAAUCAAUGUGGUGAACCUUUGCUGACCCUUACUAUUGUAAGUGACUCCUUCCCCAGGGAAGGGGACCAGAUCUGUACUCUGUGUGACAGGUAUGUCCUCACGAGGGCCCUGGAUAAUUGGAGCAAGAUACCUGUGGUCUCGGAGCCAGAGCCUACAGUGUGGGAGCAGGCCGUUUGGCCCAUUUGUCUGUGCUGACCAACACUACCAUCUAAGCCAACCCCUUUGGCCAGAUGUAUCUCUCUAACCUUUUCCACUCCAUAUACCUGUUUUAAAUAUUCUGUUAACGUACCUGCCUUAACCACUUCCUCAAAGAUUCAAAGUACAUUUGUUAUCGAAGUAUAUAUACAGUGUACAUUCGUCUCCUCACAGACAGCCACCAACAAAAGAGAUACUCGUUCAAAGAACAGCAUCAAACACCCAACGCACAAAAAAGAACAAAUCGCGUAAACGGCAAAAACAGGUUAAAAAGAAACACACAGAAUAUAAAUCAUCAAACCACAAAGUCCCUGGGGCAGCUGAGGAAGGUGCAGUUUAGUUCAGUUCAUUUCACUUUCCUCUGGCAGCUCAUCCCACCACACUCCCACUCUCUGCAUGAAGAGGUCCUGUUAAAAUCUCUCCCCUCUCCCCCGAAACCUGUGCCCUCUGGCUCCUCUUCCAGCAGCGCUGGAUAAAACACGAUGCACAUUCACCCCAUCGGUGCUCCUCUGUGAGCCGAUUGCAAUGCAGACCGACUUUUCUUUGCCUUCCCCUCUGUAGGCUUACCUGCACAUUAAUGUCCAACCGGCUGAUAUGUACAUCAGCUUCUCCCCACCCCCUCCUUCUCUCUUUUUCUGUUCCCCGUUCUGGUCCCCUUCUUGCCCCCUCUCUUCACCUCAUCUGCCCAUCACCUCCCCCCGCUUCCUCUCCUCUUUCCCUUUCUCCCAUGGCCCAUUCUCCUUCCCUAUCAGAUUCCUUCUUCUUGUCCCACUCCCCCAUUCCACAACCCUCCCUCUACCACACAGUCCCUGACCCUCCCCAAGCCUGUCAGUCCCUGUCUCCUUCACUGACCCUCUCCUACCCUCAAUCCCUGUCUCCCUCACUGACAACCCCCACCCCACACCUAUCCGUGCAGUGGUUGCUCCCCACCACCGCCCGCCUGUACGUUGCAGAGCCUGGGACGGCAGUCCUGUCUUUCCCAGUCCCUGUGUCUCUGCCCGAGAUUGCUGUUUGCCUGUCCCUUCCUCCCCACCCUUUCCUGCACAGCAACCUACAUCCUCCUCUGUCUGCAUGUAUGUGGGUGAGUGUGUGAAAGAUUGCCCCCCUCUCUCCUUCCCUCCCACCCCCCGCUCCUCCUCAAAUCCCCCUCCUCCUCUCCUUGCCAUUCCCUCCCCUUCACUCCUUUCAGAAGUUCCCCGGGCCACCUGGUGUAAUGGCCUCUGUGGCAGGAAGAUGGUGAACUGAGGGGAGUCACAGAGCACACAUGAAUUCCUUUUGUAGAUAGAAACACCAGCACACACUCACAUACACACACUCACACACACACACUCUUACACACGCACUCACACUCACACACACAUUCACUCACUCACUCACACACACACUCUCUCACACACUCUCACUCACUCACACACACACUCUCUCACACUCUCUCUCUCUCACACACACACACACACACACACACACACACACACACACCCCCCCCCCGAGGUCAGUGGAUAUCAAAGGGAAACACUGACAAACAGAACAAUGGACGGACUGCCCUGUUUCUGUGUUGUACGACAGAAUAUCAUUCUAUGCUUUGCCCAUUGUAUUGUCUGUGUCUGUCUAAAUGCCUUCUAAUCACAGUGAUUUUAUCUGAUACAAUCACUUCCUCUGGCAGCAAGUUCCAGAUAUCAGCUACUCUCGGUGUGACUAUCUUACCUUAUCUCUCAGAUACCCUUGAAUCCUGCUGCCUCUCACUUAUCUGUCUCUCAAGUCACUGCUCAAUAUUCUUCACUCCAGGGAAAGUAAACCCGGCCUGUCCAAUCCUUCCCCAUAACUGAAGUCCUGCAAUAUCGGCAGCUUCCUGGUGAGCCUCUGUGCUGUCUCCAGUAUGACCACACCCCUUCCUUUAACAUAUGUGGUGACCAGAAAUGCACACACUUCUCCAUGUGAGGUCUAGCCAGUGUUUCAUAAAGUUUGCAACAUAAUGUCCCAGUUUCUGUGAAGACAAACACGCUGUAUGUCUUCUCCACCACGCUACCUACCUACUGUCAGGAAACUGAGAACCUGAGAACUUGCUCUCUCUGUUCAUCGACGUGCCUUAGAACCCCACCUCUUACUGUACCAUGUCCUCUCCCUAUUGACAUCCCAAACUGAAUCACCUCACAGUUGCUGGGAUUAAAUUUGAUCUGCCAACACUCUGCCCAACUUUCCAUCUGAUCUGUAUCCAGAUGUAACCUUAGCCAGCCUUCCUCACUGUCCCCACUGCCAAUAUCCUCUGUGUCAUUAUAAUCACAUCCCCUAUAUCCACCUCCGCCAUUAAUAUCUAUCACUAGCAACAAGGUUCCCAGUACUGUUUCUUACAAUACAGAACUGGUCACGAACCUCCAGACAGGAAAGCAUCCAUCCACCAUGGCCCUCUGCCUCCUGUCACAAAAUUGAUAUCUAAUCCAGUUAGCCAGCCUGCCUUGGAUCCCUUGUGUCUUAACCUUUUAACCUACACCAAGAUCAAUGAAGCCCUUCUCUCCCACAUAAUCCUCCAGUUUUCUAUCAUCCCUGUGCCUGCCUAAGAGUUUCUUAAAUGCCCCUAAUGUAUCUGCCUCUACCAGCACCCUGGUUGGGUGUUCCACACACCCACCAAUCUCUGUGAAAAAAACCCCUACCCCUGACAUCCCCCUACACGUUCCUCCAAUCUCCUUAAAAUUAUGCCCCUUCAUAUUAGCCAUUUCCUCUCCAGCUGUCCACUCGAUCUCUGCCUCUUAAUAACUUGUACACCUCCAUAAAAUCACCUUUCAUCCUCCUUCACUCCAAGGAGAAAAGCCCCAGCUCUCUCAACCCAUCCUCAACAGACAUGCUCUCUAGUCCAGGCAGCAUCCUGGUGAAUCUCCUCUGCACUCUCUCUGAAGCUUCCACAUCGUUCCUGUAAUGAGGCGACCAGGACUGAGCACAGUAGUCUAAGUGUGAACACUAUCAUGCAUUACAUCUGCUGACACUAACUCCCAGUGCUCAGGGACACAGUCAUCCUGAGAUGAUUCAGUAGCAGAAGUUUUGCUGGGGGAGUUGAUCAGGCCACUGCACCCAGCUCCCUCCCCCUACUUCCCUCUUCAGUGAGAUCCUGCAUUAGGCAAGUAAAACUCUCUCUGCUUUCGCCCAGGCAGUGCUGACUGGUACUGGAAGAAUGACGAGGGAAUCUCAUUGAAACCUUCUGAAUAUGUAAAGUCCAAGAUACAGUAGACUUGGAGAGAAUGUUUCCUAUAGCGGGAGAGUCUGAGACCAGAGGGCACAGCCUCAGAAUAGAGGGAUGUCCCUUUAGAACAGAGAUGAGGAGGAAUUUCUUUUGUCAGAGGGAGGGGAAUCUGUGGAGGCCAAGGCAUUGGAUACUGUAUACUUAAAGUGGAGAUUGAUAGGUUAUUGAUUAGUCAGAGCAUCAGAAGUUAUAGGGAGAAAACGGGAGAAUGGGGUUGAGAGGGAUAAUAAAUCAGCCAUGAUGGAAUGGUGGAGCAGACUCGAUGGGCUGAAUGGCCUCAUUCUGUUUAACAGUCUAAAGCUGCCCUGUGUAUUUACUCCCUCUAGAUUACUUGUGACGAGCUGUUUCAUUCUCACUACAGUGGAGAGUUAUUAUCACGUAGCUGUAUUAAACACCACAAAUAAAAUAAUACUUUUCCAAUGUUGGUUACUGUUCACUGGCAUAAAGAGAUUCACAAUCCAC